AUGACCAGCUCCUCUGACGAAGACGAUGGCGACUACGUCCCGGAAGCUGACGAUGAGCAGGAAGAGGACGAAGACGCCUCCAACGCCGAUGCUGUGUCGGACGCGCAGACCCGUGUCACAGCCGCCCUUCACAUAGACAAACUCUGGGACGACAUGAAUGCGGACACUGCAGUGUCGAAGAAAGCAGCGGACAUGACGGCAAAGCUGCUUGGUGGCUUGACAAAGAAGACGAGAAGCUCGAGUACCCGACUGAAGAGGAAGAAGUACGCUGUACGUGAAUUCUCAAUGCCAGUGCUAAGCGUCGACGUAAAGAAGUCGCGAAAAGAUAUGGCGGAGGGGAUGUUGACGCAAAAGAUGGAACGAGUGGUCAAAUUUGCUGGGAAGGAGUACAGCGUCUCUACGACUGCUCUACCAGCAAAGGGUGAGAAGAAAGGCUUGGAUCGAAUGUUUGAUGCGCUGAACGAGCCAAAGCAAGUGUCUACGAUCGAAAAGUCGUCGUUUGAUUGGAACAAGUAUAAGGAGAAGGAAGGUAUUGAAGAGGAGCUGACGCAAUACACGAAGGACGGCUACAUUGAGAAGCAAGAGUUCUUGCAGCGGCUGGAUGUAAGACGCUUCGAGAUAGAGAGAGCCGAGCGAGACAAGCAGCGCAAGCUUCAGCAACAGCAGGACCCUAGAUCGUAA